UGUGAGUAACUUUCAAACCAGUACUUGAUUUUCUUUCAAUUGUAAACCUCCAUUUUGUGCGUACUUCAGCAUUCCCGUUGACAUCGUGCCUCUCCCGCCCAUUCGUAUCUGCAUAAUUUUUUUUCUAUAUUGCAACGUUUUGUACUCCACACCCACAGUAUAAAUGGCUAUUGAUUUUACUCCUUUCGUUCAAGAAACAUCUAUCCACCCCCUAUCUCCUAGCGCCUAUGAUACCUCCGCGAUAGCAGGAAGUACAAACGGGACCUCGGAGAAUAUGUCCAGUAGUUGCCGCUCCAAUUCAAGCAUUUUGUUCAGUAGCAAUAACUCAAGUUCAAGCAAUCUACUAGCCGAAGAAAUUUCCACCCUAUGCAUCCUUGACAUUCCAGAGGAUAUGCGUGAAAGAGAGUUCAAAUCCAUCUUUUGCUUUUGCCCUGGAUAUGAAGCUGCCAUGUUGUGGACUCGUUCAGGAAAGGAUAUGGAAGAUGAUUCAUGGAUGACCUUAAUCCCUACCCCUAAGCAAUCAUCCAAUACUCAGAUCGGAUUCGUGAAACUUUACACUAGAUUGGAUGCCUUGGAAGCCAAAGAGGUUCUUUCCGGCAAGCAGUGGGAUCACUUGGGUCAAAAGUGUAUCCUCAAAGUCGAAAUGGCAAAGCGAAACUUACAAGUUAAACGCAACUUCAAUGGUGAAAGCACCCUUAUUUUGACUUCCAACCCACCGCCAGCUAUUCCACGCAAAUCAAGCUUUCAAGCCGCAUUUGAUGCUUUCCAUUCCAUUUCCCCAAGUAUGACCGAUGGGAUUCAUUUCAAUGACGCUUCGUAUGACCUAUUCAGCAGUAGCCCAUCAACUCCCACCUUGGCUACAGUAGAAAACAGCUCCUUCAUAGCCAACCGCAGCGGUUCAGUCGAUACCAGAAACGAUGUAGGUGGACUUGUGUCGAGCCGGCUAUCCAAAGGUUUAAAUCUACGACUCUCUCGCAGCAUGGCCGACGCCGACGAUGAGUUAGCCCGCCAGCUCAGCAACCUCAAAACAUCUCUACAGCCUAACAAUGAACGAGGAUUCAAUAACGCCUUGUUUGGUUCCGAUGAUUUGACGCUAUCCAGCCGAUUUCUUAGCAUGAACAACGUCGCAUCGCCUCUUCCCUCGCCGGGUUUGGCUGCGACUUCAUAUCGCAGUUAUAGCAGUGGAAAUCUGACCGAUCAAAAUCCACCUUGUAAUACGCUCUAUGUUGGUAACUUGCCCCCCAACACCAAAGAGGAUGAGCUUCGUCAAAUCUUUUCUAGAUGCAUGGGAUACAAGCGAUUAUGCUUUCGAAGCAAGGCCAAUGGGCCACUGUGCUUUGUUGAGUUUGACGACGUUGUCCGAGCAACCCAGGCGAUGUCGGAACUUAACGGUUAUAUACUUAGCAACUCAUUGAAAGGAGGCAUCCGAUUGUCGUUCAGCAAAAACCCACUGUUUACCAAGCCUGUCUCCAACAGUCCAACUGCACUGUUGCCAGGCUUUUCGGCCAUUGGAUGCAAUGGCUUGUUUGGAAACUCAAUCUUUGGUAGUAGCGACAAAAGAGACACUUACUUCCUUGACUCUCAACUUUCUUAAAUGGUCCUUCUGGAGACAUUCAACUAUAAAAUGUAUUCGAACAAGGUCUUAUACUGGGUACACGACAACAUCAUUUUCUCUCACAUUUUAUAUGGCCUGUACUACGGGUAUCAUUGCUUGUUUUCUCUCCUAUCGUAGCCGAUGUGCCAUACCGAGCUAUUUCAGUCCAAGUUCCUUAUUUUCUUCCGUACUUUACAUUAUGCUUCUUUGUCUCUUUUUUAUAUAUCACAUUCAAUUCAUUCAGCAUGGUAUUAUAUGUUCAUAGAUGGUCAUUGCAAUAAU